AUGACAUCUACAUUACUUAACAAGUCAGAUUUAGAUAAGAUAUGUAUCAAAUUAGUCAAAGAGAUACUGUCAGCAUCAACUACUUUUAGUUCAUUAAUGAGUAUACAAAUUAAUUUAUUACAAUUAUUCAAGAAUCAAAUGCAAAUAUAUAAGAAAUAUAACUAUUGUGAUUAUGAAAUAUGUUAUGUUUUAUAUAUAACUUCAGUUAGAUUAUUACAAUAUACUAAAUCAUUAACGAAGUCAAAAAAUGAAGACAUGUAUAGUCAAUUUAAACAAACAUUAUCAUCAAAAUCAAAUGAUUUUAAAAUUAUAGAAUCAAAUUUAAACCUACCCCAUCAAUAUCAGGAAAGAAUCGGUCCUAAAGAACUACUAAAACUAAUGAAAUCAUCACGAGUGUUAUUAAUUGAUUACAGGACAAGAAAUUCACAUUCACAUAAUCAUAUCAAAUUUGAUAAUGUUAUAAAUUUACAACCUAAAGAUAUUGAAGCCUUGCCUAAUAAUGCAACAUGUCAAGAAAUAGAGAGACUACUAGAUGAGAAUGAACUAGCCAUAUUUAAACAAAGGGUAUAUUUCGAAUACAUUAUCGUAUAUGAUUAUAAAACUGGUAGUGGUGAUAAAUUCAACGAUAUACUAUCUAACAUAGAUCAAAUAAAUGAUAGAUUCCAACAUUUAACGACUAUUUUAAUGAACAAUUCAAAUAUUAAAUUAUAUCCUAUUAUUUUAUCUGGUGGUGUUUUAAAAUGGCAUGAUACAUUUGGUGACUCAUCAAUUGAAAGUGGAAAUAAACCGAAAAUAGAGACUAAAAAAGAGACUAAAAAAGAGACAGAGACACAACAUGAAUCUUCGAAAUAUGUGACAAGAUUCAGUGAUAUACUAAAUGGAAAUGGUGUUUCUAAAUCAAAUAGUCAACCAAAAUUAGUUGAAUCAAAUUAUAUAAAACCAGUAGUACAAGGAAUUACACCAUAUGAUCCAACAGCAAAUAAACCAUCACCAAAACCAAUAGAGAAACAAUUAACACCUCCAAUUUCAAAACCACCACUCAAACCAAUUGAAAAAUUAACAACUUCAUCAAAAUCACCUAGUCCCAUUACUUCACAAACUACAAUCUCAUCAAAAAAGUCAAAUUUAUUAGGUGGUUUCACUACUGGAUUGACUAAUCUAGGUAACUCAUGUUAUAUGAAUAGUGUAAUACAAUGUUUAGCUGCAUCACCACAAUUGACAUCAUUUUUCUUCCCUACUGUUACUGAAUCAUUUAGUAAUCAUAACUAUAAACAACACAUAAAUCCAAAUAAUAAAUUGGGAUCGAAGGGGAAAUUGACAACAAGUUUUGUUGAACUACUACUCAACAUGUUCAAUAACAAUGGGUCUAGUUUCAGUCCAUCUAAAUUUAAGAGAAUCAUGGGUGGAUUAUCACCAAAUAAACAAUUUAUCACAUAUGAUCAACAAGAUUGUGUUGAGUUUUUAAAUUUCUUGUUAGAUUCAUUGCAUGAAGAUUUAAAUCAAGUUAAUUUAACACCUGAGGAAAAGAAAAUGAUAACUGAAUUAACUCCAGAACAAGAAAAGGGAAGAGAAAUUUUACCAAUCAGAUUAGCUUCCACAAUAGAAUGGGAAAGAUACUUAAAGCUCAAUUUUUCAAUCAUGGUGGAUUAUUUUCAAGGUCAGCUUUUAUCUCAACUCAAGUGUCUAAAUUGCAAAUUCACCUCAACUACAUAUAAUUCAUUCUCAAUAUUAUCACUCCCCAUACCUGAAAAAUUAAAUAGAAAUAAAGAAGUAUCAUUAUAUGAUUGUAUUGAUGAAUUUGUUUCUACGGAGUUGCUAGAUGAUGAUAAUAAAUGGUAUUGUCCAAAUUGUAAACGAUUCACAAAACUGACUAAAAAAAUAGCAAUAACAAGGUUGCCACAAGUCCUUAUAAUCAACUUCAAAAGGUUUAAGAUGAAUAGGAAUGGAAAUUUUAAUAAAUUGGAGCUGUUUGUGACUUACCCUGUUGAGAGCGAAUUAGAUUUGACUAAGUACUGGCCUGAUUUGGGGACUUAUAUUAAUGGAAAUCGACUCAUGAGUGAUCAUGAAGAAUCGAGUAAGUUGAAUCAUUUUCCUAAUAGGAAUCAAUCCCCUCCUUUUAAAUAUAGAUUAUUUGGUGUUGCUAAUCAUUUUGGAAAUUUGACUACUGGGCAUUAUACUUCUUAUGUUUAUAAACAGAGUAAAUCUCAAUGGUGUUAUUUUGAUGAUUCAAAGAUUACGUACAAUGUUUCAUCUAGUAAGAUAUUGAAUAAGAAUGCAUAUUGUUUAUUCUUUCAAAGAAUAUAG